AUGGAGGCCGCCGCGAGGGACCCGCAGAGUGGGCUGGAGUGGCGGGUGACGGUGCCGGAGGGCGCGUCGGUGACGGUGGAGUACGAAGCCGGGCCGGCCGGGAGAGCCUGGGCGUCGAUGGUCGCCUCCGUGCUCAUGCUCGGAGCCACGGUGUCCGGCUUCGCCAAGAAGGUGUGGAAGAUUGGCGCCGAUGAUCCGAGGAAAGUGGUGCACGGCCUCAAAGUCGGCGUUGCUCUUACCUUGGUCUCCGUCUUCUACUACACCAGGCCUCUGUACGACGGCGUCGGAGGGGCUGCCAUGUGGGCCAUCAUGACCGUCGUCGUCAUUUUCGAGUACACUGUUGGCGGCAGCGUGUACAAAGGGUUCAACAGGGCCGUGGCGACGGCGAGCGCCGGCGUGCUCGCGCUGGGCGUGAACUGGGUGGCGAGCAAGUCCGGCGAUAAGCUCGAGCCGGUCAUCACCUGUGGCUCCCUCUUUCUGCUUGCUGCGGCAGCCACCUUCUCGCGGUUCAUACCGACGGUGAAGGCCCGGUUCGACUACGGCGUGACCAUCUUCAUCCUGACAUACAGCCUGGUGGCCGUGUCGGGGUACCGCGUCGACGAGCUGGUGGCGCUGGCGCAGCAGCGGCUUCUCACCAUAGCCAUCGGAAUCUUCAUCUGCCUCGCCGUCUGCGUGCUCAUCUGGCCCGUGUGGGCUGGCCAGGAGCUGCACCAGCUCACGGUGCGCAACAUGGAGAAGCUCGCGGCCGCCGUGGAGGGCUGCGUCGAGGACUACUUCGCCGAGGAGGGCGCGAAGAGUGCGCAGGCCAAGUCGGACGGCUACAAGUGCGUGCUCAACUCCAAGGCGUCCGAGGACUCGCAGGCCAACCUGGCGCGGUGGGAGCCCGCGCACGGCAAGUUCGGCUUCCGCCACCCCUACGCCCAGUACACUAAGCUCGGCGCCGCCAUGCGCCACUGCGCGUACUGCGUGGAGACCCUCAACAGCUGCGUCGGCGCCGAGGUCCAGGCCCCCGAGAGCGUCAAGCGGCUCCUCGCCGAUGUGUGCACGAGGCUGGGCGCGCAGUGCGGGCGGGUUCUGAGGGAGGCGUCCAGCUCCGUCGCCACGAUGACGACCUCCCCGGCGCUGGACUUCGCCGUGGCAGACAUGAACACGGCCGUGCACGAGCUGCAGGGCGACAUGCGGGAGCUCCCGUUUACCCUGGCCGGGGGGCCGGGGGAGGCGUCACUGAUCGACGCCAUGCCGCUCUUCACUGUGGCGUCGCUGCUGACGGAGAUAUCGACGAGGAUCGAGAGCGUGGUCGACGCCGUGGACACGAUGGCCAGCCUCGCCAGCUUCAAGCAGGCGGACGAUGAUGACGACAAAAGGGGGGAUGCCGAGCUGAAAACGAAAGUACAUCCAUUGAACGAGACAGACUCCGAUGAGCCACCUGAAGAAAACAAAACAACCAAACUUUCUGAACAGGUUUAA